UAGCAACCGAAAAGUUGAUACAGAAAGUUGAAACACACCGAGUUACAAAUAUAUUGGAUUGUGCAUUCUGCCAACAUGGCUCUACCUCUGCUACCGGGCAAUUCCUUCAACAGAAAUCUUGGAAAGGAGAAAUUUAACAAGUCCCAGCAUUUCGAUUAUUCCAAUGGCAUCCCGAAAAUGGUGGGUGAAGAGAAGCCGGGCAUUGGAGGAGAGCUGCUACUGGGACAGAAGAUGCGCCCCAAAUACACAGUGUUCCCUAGAGGAGAGGGCAGCGAUGCACCAUCCUGGGUUGCCUUCGACAAACAAGUGUUAUGCUUUGAUGCCUACUUCCAAGAAUCUGUACACGAAAAGAGGGAGGAGCAGUUCAGAAUCAGAAGGUGCAAAAUUUACUUCUACCUUGAGGAUGACACCAUACAAGUUGUGGAGCCAGAAAUAAAGAACAGUGGCAUUCCGCAAGGUACUUUUAUUCGGCGUCACCGCAUUCCCCUCCCACCACCAUACGAUGAUGAGUGUUACACACUGGAGCACUUCAACAUCAACCAAGAGAUGGUGUUCUACUCCCGGACCUUCACGAUCACUGACUGUGAUGCGUUCACUAGGAACUUCCUGAGGAAACUGGGGGUGCGACUGAACUCCCCCAGCGCCACCCCCAAGGACCCAUACAGCACCGUCCGCAAUCAGAUGCAGGAGAGCAUGAAGCCUCUGCGGCCCUUUGAGCGCUUAGAUAAGCUGAAGCAGUUCCUGGAUCACGACCGGCACGUCCUGCGAUUCUUCUGUUUCUGGGAUGACUCGGACGCAAUGUUCGGGGACCCUCGGGAGCUCACGCUGCACUACUUCCUGGCGGACGACACCAUCGAGAUUCGAGAGGUGGUGCAGGCCAACUCAGGCAGGGACGCGGCACCCAUGUUCCUCCAAAGGAACAAACUGCCUAAGCAUGCACCAGCUCCUAAACAUCAGCCUGGUGAAAUAGCAGAUCGCACUGUUCUCAAUGUGUUUGGUCCAAUGGGACAGGGGGGGCGCUAUAUUGUGGAUAGCCAUAAGACUGGAGCUGUGCAUCAAGAGUUCUACAAGGAUUGUGACCUGGCCAUAGGGUCUGUGAUAAAUGUGUGGGGGAGGAAAGUGAUCAUCUGUGACUGCGACGGAUUCACCAAAGAAUACUACCGCACAAAAUACGGAGUCGAGGACUUUACUCCAGUGAGACACAGAGCCUCUCCACGCCCUAGACUGGAAAAGAAAGUUCCCCCGUACAAUGGGUUUGGAUCAGAGGAGGACUCGCUGUGCUCAUGCCAAGGGUUGAUGCCGAAACCACCUCAGAAAGACUUCAGGAAGAUGAUGGAGAAAGACAGACAUGGACUGGACAGCAAUGUGCUGCACUUCGUUGCCAAAAUGAUUACGGACAGUCCUGUUGACAGUGAGCGGAAGUUUAUCAUCUCCUACUUCCUUUGUGAUGACACCAUUGCUGUGUUUGAGCCUCCACAGAGGAACUCAGGGGUAAUCGGAGGCAAGUUUUUGGAAAGAGGGCGAAUAAAGAAACCAGAGCAAGAGCUGUUCAAGAGCGAGCUGUCACAGUACUUCAAGACGCAGGAUCUGUUUGUGGGAGCCAAGCUGUCUUUCAAUGGGUACAACUUCCAGCUGGUGGACACUGACGAGUACACCUUCAACUACAUGGAGAAGCACGCAGACGAGUUCCCCAUGGCUAACAUUAGCACCAUCAUCAGCAAGAUGAAAGAAAUCUGUGACACCAAACUGAAGGAGAUUAAAAAGUGCUUUGUGAUGAACGACCCAACAAGCACUGGAGUUAUUGAAUAUGCUCCAUUCAGAAAUCUCCUGACUGAGGUGGCAGAGGGUCAGCUGUCUGAACAUGAGAUCAUGACUGUGGGGCGCCACUACAGCAUCCGGGAGCAGCACGAGACAGACACCGACCUACUGGUGUCUGUGGCUCAGGAGCAGCUGAGGAAAAAAACAUUUGAAAGCUUCUUAGAACUGGCUGAUUUCUUUGUGCACAACGACCGGAAAAAGAGCGGAUUUCUGCCCAUCCAGGAGAGCAGGACGCUUUGCAAAGCUUUCAAGCUGCCUGUGCCUGAUGAUCUUCUGAGAGAAAUCAUGGCAAGGUUUCAAAAUGACCAAGAAGAACUGGAUUACAAUGCAUUCCUGUCGGCAAUAGACUGGAAAGAGCAUCCUUUACCAUAUUCUCAACCAGGAGCACUUAUCCAGACUGACAGUGACUGGAACGGAGAAGCCACUGCUCCAGCAGUGAAAAAUAUCAACUACAUGAUCUUAGUAGAGGAUGUCUUUGGCAAACAAGAUUAAAGUGAGAUGUUAAAUAUUCUCUUUCUGUCCCUUCUGUGAAACACACGCAAACAAAAAUUCAACAACUGGAUGUGUUAUCAAGUUUGUUGUGUGUAUGUUUUUUUUUUUAAAUAGAAUAA